AUGGCCAACGACACAGAGGGCAAGACGAUCACCUGCCGAGCAGCCAUAGCUUGGGAAGCCAAGAAGCCUCUUUCUGUCGAGGAGGUCGAAGUCGGUCCACCGCAGAAGGACGAAGUGCGCAUCAAGAUACUCUACACUGGACUGUGUCACACUGACGCAUACACCAUCUCGGGCGAUGAUCCUGAAGGACAAUUCCCAUCCAUCUGCGGCCACGAAGGAGGUGGCAUCGUCGAGAGCGUAGGCGAAGGCGUCACUGAUGUCAAAGUAGGCGAUCACGUUAUUCCGCUCUAUACAGCCGAAUGCGGCGAGUGCAAGUUCUGCAAAUCGGGCAAGACCAAUCUCUGCGGCAAAGUGCGAACGACCCAGGGCAAAGGUGUCAUGCCGGACGGCACUUCGCGCUUCAAGUGCAAAGGAAAGGAGAUUUUCCACUUCAUGGGCUGCUCCACUUUCUCAGAAUAUACCGUCGUCAGCAAAUACUCCGUCGUCGCCAUUGACAAGCAAGCCAACUUACAGAAAGCUUGCCUGCUCGGCUGCGGCAUCACGACUGGCUUCGGCGCUGCCACAAAGACUGCCAAUGUGCAAAAAGGCGACAAUGUGGCCGUCUUUGGAGCGGGCUGUGUUGGCCUGGCAGUCAUGCAAGGCUGUCAAGAUCGUGGUGCUGCUCGCAUCAUUGCAGUAGACACCAACUCUGGCAAGAAAGAAUGGGCAACUAAAUUCGGCGCAACAGAAUUUGUCAACCCGGACGACCACAAAGAUCCUGGUAUUGCGCCUUACCUGGUCGAGAUCACAGAUGGCGGUCUGGAUCAUACGUUCGACUGCACAGGCAAUGUGACCGUCAUGAGAUCUGCUCUGGAAGCUUGUCAUAAAGGCUGGGGUGUCUCAACGAUCAUCGGCGUGGCAGCGGCAGGCAAAGAGAUCUCAACGCGACCCUUUCAGCUCGUCACAGGAAGGAGAUGGCAAGGAAGUGCAUUUGGCGGUGUGAAGGGACGGUCAGAGAUGGGCGGACUGAUCAAGAACUGGUUGUCUGGCUCUGGAGCGCUCAAAGUAGACGACUAUGUCACUCAUACUGUCGACAGCCUCGACGACCUCAACAAGGGCUUUGACUAUAUGAAGUCGGGCGAGUGUAUCCGCUGCGUUGCGACGAUAUCUAAAGAAUGA